AUGAUUAUUCUUCCCUUUUCCUAUGCAGAUAAACGAGGUUGGGAUUCUGCUCAUCCGGCCUUCUCCUGUAAGAAAAUUCUGGACUCUGGACACUCCAAAGGAGACGGGGAGUAUUGGAUCGACCCUGAGAAGAGUGGAAACCCUUUGAAGGUCUAUUGUGACAAGUCAAGAUACGGUGGUAAGAGAAUGGAUUUUUUUUUGAGACACGAGGACUUCAACCGGAGUAUGUUUGACUUGGUGCAGUUGUUAUUGGAACGUUCUGGUCUUGGCUAUUCGUAUUAUGUUUUUAAUCAAAACAAUGGCAAAAUUCUCGAACGUGAUUUGUUAUCACUAGACGGCCGAUUUGAGCACUAAUAGGACAGUGUACGUGUCAUGCUUGUAAUUGGACAAUGUAGUGGGACAGUUAAGGGGACAGUUAACGCGUCAUGCCUGCGUGAGUAGACAGAUAGCGUCAUGUGUGUGCUGUUGUCUCGCAUUUCGCCGAGUUAACUCAUGUUUUGUUGUUUAUAUGAAAACGUAUGUCUAGUUUCUUUCUCAAAUUUUAACACAGUUUUGAUUAAUUGGUAACAGGACUUCUUGUCGUCCAAUUCUGUCUGUAAUGAUAGUCGUGAUUAACAAUUCGGUCUCCCGCUUUGCGGCCCUACGAUUUUGUUAAUCACUCGUAUGAUUUCAGACCGAAUUGGACUCCGCUCGGUUCUGUUACCACUAUUAAUAUGUCCAAAAUUCUAUUUACAUAGAUGUCACCAGAUCAUUUAGGUUUGUUUUAUUUUAGGAGGUUGGCUUCUGGUGUCAAAUGUUGAGUUCGGCAGCCCCUCUUCUAAGGUGUCAGUUGAGACAUCAUACCGUGGGAUAGGUAAGUCACACAUGGUUCUGCAGAAACGUGCCAUGAAAGAGCUCAGAAGACACUUGUCCUUCACUCAGCUGAGAUUCCACUGCCACAAGAAACAGGGACGCACAUUCCACGUGGUCACAGCUUCCAACAGCUCAGGUGAAGCUGUGGUCCAGUACUUCAGCGGUCAGACAGAUGAGCAACCGGAUGCCUGUGGUUCGUUUGUGAGAUUGAAGUUGGAUGACAAUUCCAAGUUAGCUGACAUUUGCAAAGAUUGGGGACAAGUAAGUGGAGAGUACUUUGUUGGAAAGUGGGGACAUGGUGAAGAUCAAAGCAGGCUAUACUGA